AAUUGUACUGUAGUAGUAGUAAAUAGUACUGUAGAAGUAGUCAAUAGUACUGUAGUAAAUAGUAAUAAAUUGUACUGUAGAAGUAGUAAAUAGUGCUGUAGUUAAUAGUCAGGCAUGAGAAUCCCUCACCUUUCGGCGAAAUUCGCCGUUUUGAAACUAAAAUAGGUGACUUACGUGAAUCGUGUAGAACCGAAGAGUUUUUGUUUUGGGGUAGGGGGGGGGGGUCAAUUGGCCGGCCGGCGUUUAUGAGAUUGGAGUGGGACACGGAGAAAAUGUGAAGUGUUGCUCUUCGCAAUAGAACAUCUUUGAUGGGACGUGUCGCGUCUCGGCCAAUCAGCGUCAAGAUGUCUUCAGCGUUUGGUGGUUUAGGUUAGCUUGAAUGUUAGAUGCUACUUCUGCUGCUGUCGCGCUGCACGGUGGAGCGAUACUAACAAAGUACCCGUACGUUAAGAGCGAUGUGAUUUAGCAUAUUUUUAGUCUCAAUACUUCAUUAAAAGAGCGAUCAGAGCGCACGCGCUGCUCCGUGUCGAGCUGUCUGCGCACACUGCGCAGCGCUCACAGCGAGGGGCCUUAAGUGGCGGAAUUUUCGGCUUUAAAAAUAAAAAAAGAUGCCAGAAGUGAAAUGUUUAAGUUCAGUCUGUAAAGUUGUGUAACUCUCCAGCUGCUCUUCCUGAUGAACUCUGUAUCAUCUGGUCAGAGACUAACGGCCUCAUAGUGUAUAAUCAUUGAUCAAUGCUAUGAUGGCUCCAUGUAGUUUCAUUAAUAUCUUGCUGUAUUAAUACUAAUAUUACUGCUAUUUGUUAAGUGUUGAAAAAGUUGGUAAAAAGUGAACCAUACAGAUAUUUUAUUUAUUACUAUUAUAGAUAAAUAUACCAGUAUCGUAUUUAUGGUAUACUGUUUUUAUGGUAUUGUAUCAUGAUAUCUAUGGCAGGUAUGGUAUAGAAGAUUGUGACAACCAGGUAGAGGCAGAACAGACUCGAGGAACAGACUUGAGGAACAGACUCAUGGCUCAGCAGAGCACAAGACUUGAAGACUUGUUCACCCCAACAACAAAAAAAGGAAGUUGGUUCAUGAAUGACCAUAUUAUACACAAUAUUACUAUUAUUAUAGUAUUAUAGGGCCCGAUCACUGACUUGGUGUCAGAAUGGAGGGCCUAUAGAUUAUCAUACAACGUCCAACAUCGAUGUUCGUGGAAGUCACCACCAGCACCCCCCCCCCCCCCCCCCCCGCGCGCCUAUCCUCCUCACCUUUUUCACCCCUGACCCGUUUUCAUGUCUGAAUAGUACUGUAGUAGUAGUACUGUAGUAAAUAGUUCUGCGAUGCGUCAACAAUAAUUGGCGUUGCUUGUAAUUUGUUGAUCAUCUCCGGAUGAUGAGCUGACAGCAGGUCUUCAGUCAGAUUAUCAGGUCAUCAAUCAGAUUAUCAAGUCUUCAGAGUCAGAUUAUCUCCUGGGAGAAAAGAUGCCGUUGAUUCAUCCAGACGGAGCUUUGCUUUAAUUAAAAAGUCUUGAGACGUCUCCGUCGGGUUCAACACGCCGUGAGCGAUGAAACAUGAGUUUAUAUUCAAGUAUGAACAUGAGAGAAGAGGAUCAUCAGUGAUGUGGACCAUCACAGCCAAUCGGUUACGUUUGAAUCCAUGUUUCCUUCACUUGAGUCCUUUACUUCCCUUUUGAGAAGCAACCGAGGAACUCGACCUUCCUGUUUGAAAUCCGCAAUGAACAAUAGAAGAAAAAACAUCAAAAGAAACAGUUACGCGACCAUUCAUUGGUGUUUUUUUGUGAACAACCUGUGAAGAAGAAGAAGGUAUUUAAUAUUCAACGCUUAACAUCUACGAACCACAUAAAAACACCUUUUUUUGAUUUAAGACAAAUUCAUGAACAAUAUUUUUUUUGUCCGUCAGCAGCUUCAAUUCAGUUUAUUUUGCAGAGCCCAAAAUCACAACUCUUCCUCAGAGGGCUUUGCAGUCUGGACACAUACGACAUCCCUGACCUUUGACCUCACAUCGGAUCAGGAAAAAGUGAAGAACCCUUCAGGAGAUCAAGAGGAGAACCCCUCCCGGAGGGACGGAGAAGAGAAGUCAUGUGACCGGAAGGAAUCAUUACAGAGUUCCAUAAACAUGCAAUGAGUAUGACAUCAUGAGGGAUGAGUAGUUGGCAUGGACCACGAAAGAGAAGGAGGUGGAGAGGGGGGGGGGGGGGGCAGGGGGCAAUGAGGUCAGGCCUUUAAGGCAGGAUGCACAGAGAAGGAGGCGGGGCCAUUGGGAAGGAGGCCGGGCCAGAGGCCGGAGGGGAGGAAGUCGAGUUCGUAAUGAGCGAUGAAGAGACCUGGGCGUCUCUAUUAUAUGAAAUGGAGUAUUCGUUCAUAUUCUUCGACGCGUUGUUUGAACCGUAUUGUCUCCGUUUCCCCAGAGAUUCAGACUCCCUGUGUGACGGAGCGUCUGCGAUGCGGAACACAUUCCUGCUGCGGGUCCUGACUCUGGCCCUGGUCCUGGGGGCCCCGGCCUGCGAGGCCUCUUCUCUGGGCCUGACGGUCCACGUCGUGCCCCUGGAGGCCGACGGAGGGAACACGGUGCACGCCCACUUCAGCGCCAUCGCCGCCGGCGCCUGUCCGUCCCUCUCCGGGCUCUGUGGCGCGGGCGAGGACUGCCUGGUCCACCAGACCUCGGACCCCUUCGUCGGCACCAAACCCGGAUCCGGCUGGUGCGUCCGCCAGUGGCAGAAAACGGUCCCCAGUGAUUACAAUGACACCAUCAGUUUAGGGCCCAACACAGAGAUGUAUGUGUCCCUGAACGCAGCUCCAACCAUUCGAGAAAACAACGGAAAACUCAACCAACCUCCUUAUGUUGGUCUCCCUCCGCCACUGAGGGCCCGGGUGGGUUGCUCUCACCACUUCCAGCUCUCGGUGAUGGACCUGGACGGCGACCGGGUCACGUGUCGCUUUGCGCAGGCCGACAAGGGGGAGUGUGUCAACUGCCCCCAGCACGCCUUCAUCGAGCUGAAUGAGGAGAAGUGCUUGUUGUCCUUCACCGGCGCCGCGGCAGCGGGACAGUAUUUCAUCUACCUGAUGGCGGAGGACCGGAUCCCCGCCCCCCCGAGCAGCCAGGCCACGGACAGCGGCCCCCUCAGCGCCGUCCCCGUGCACCUCUCUGUCACCGUGGAGUCGUCGACCGGCAGCUGCCUCGACGAGCCCGUGGUGUCGGGCAAGACCCCCGAGCAGGACGCCACGCUGUAUGUACUGCCGUACGAGGAGGUUCAGUUCGACACCGACUUCGAGUCGCAGGUGGAGAAUGUUUUGGAGGUGGGGGUGGUCGGCCCCCCCGGACUCUUCAGGGUUGGUUUUAAAUCCAUCAGCUACCUGGCGACCAUGACGAUAGCCUGGGUCCGCUCCGAGAACCAGCUGCCCCGGCUGCUGCCCGUCUGCUUCGCCGCGAACAGCAAGAGCCUGCAGUCGGGGCUUCGCUGCGUGUGGCUUUACCAAAGGGAGACGAAGGACCUGCCGGUCGGAACAGUGCUGACGUGUGAUAAGACCCAGAUGACCCUGGUGCUGCCCGUCGCCACGCUGAGCGCCAUCGACCUGUCGGAGCUGCAGCUCAACAGCCCCACCUGCCCCGUCAGCUACAACAGCACCCACCUCACCGCCUCCAUCCCGCUGGACGGCUGCGGCACCAUCAUUGUGCACUCUGGAUCAGAGCUGGUCUACACCAACACCCUGCACAGUGUGCAUCCCUUCACGAAGGUCAGCCGCCGGCCCUCCAUGGAGCUCCCUCUGGCCUGCCGGUUCCCCGCCAUCAAGGUCGGUGGGCCGCACGUCAACAUCAGCAUGCCCUCGGAGCAGGAGACCUUCGGUAACUUCCGGAUCUGGGUCGAAGUUCACAAGCCCGGAGAGGGUCCCAUGGGGAACCACACGCGGGUCCCUACUUUCCGCCCCCUCCGGAUGGCGCAGAGACGAUUGCGCCGAGAAGCAGAGUCUGUGUCCUCCAACGCCGUCGGGUCCCGGUACUCCUAUCUGGACCUCCAGGUGAUGUCCAACUGCAGCAUCGGGCGAGCCAAGAUGAUCGUGAGAAACUGCAUCGAGUCUGAGACGGCGGACUUUGCCAUCUCCUCCCCCAUCCUGGAUCAAGGGUGUUCAGCUUCCAACACCACGUUAGAGGUCACCACCACGCGAAACAACUCCAAGGUUUACCGCCUGGAUUUGAGCAACAUAAAGGCCCAAGGACUCACGAUGUUCGUCGAGUGCACCGUGAACCUCUGCAUCGCCACCAUGCCCUCUCAGACGUGCCCGGAUCUGUGCAGCGGCGCCGCCGGAAACAGAAAUGUGGUGAACAGCGUGUUCACCAACAGUUACAAGGUCCACUCGGGGCCCGUCAGCCUGGUGGUGACCCCGACUGUCGCAACCACCACCACCGCACCCCCCACAACAGGCAACAGCACCGCUGCAGCAACCUCCGCCGCUGCUGCUGCCGCCUCCGCCGCUGCUGCUGCCGCCUCCGCCGCUGCCGCUAACGCCGCCGCCGCCGCCGCAGCCACUUUCAACUGCACCAGCUCGCAUGCUCCAGAACGGGUCGCCGCCUCCUCGACAGCAGCAGUGAUUUCAACGUUUAUCGUCAUAUCUCUUCAAAACUUCCCUCACUGAGCGGUUACGACCUGUGGGAACACGCAGCGCUGCAUCACUCCACUGCGUAUGAUUUCAGAGACGUGAAUAAAGCCGAGAGCACACUACACAGUACCGUCACAUCUAAAAAAUACCAAAUAAAUCAGAGGGCGGUCAGCUAUGUAUGGCCAAAACCUUCAUAAUUGAAUAUCUCAAGAACAGAUAUAAAUCCGAAUAAAGCUUAAUUUAAAAAUAAAUAAACAGUCUCUCUGAAAUAACAUCAUAGUGUAGCUUAAUAGUGUUUACUCCUCUGUAAAUUCAAUAAUUAAAAAAUGCAGAGAAUUAAUUAUUUGGUUAUUAAUUGAAAAGCGUAAUUGCAAAAUUAAAGUUAAAUUAGAGAUAAAGAAAAACGUAAUUUUUUUUGUCUAAACACAAAAACAGUGUCAUUUAAAUGUCAAUUGAUUUAACUUUGCUAGUGUAUUCGCAUAAACAGAAUUCCAAUCAAUUGAGAGUUUUUAUGAGAAAUUGCGAGCUUGCUUUUAUAAAAAUUUUUGAUCACUAAAUCUCAAAAUAUUAAUGCAUAUUGAAUUAUCUCGCAGCCCGAGUCACACUGAAUGACGUGUGUUGUAGUCACACGUUAAGGUCCUGCAGGUCCUCACGGUCUGAGACCUCGGUUCAUGUCGUUCUUCACUUUUCCGUCACUUCCUAUCGACAGUCGACUGUUUAUUGUAAUCAAAUCAAAAAAUAUAUAUUGACUCUUUUUUCUUCACAAGAACACCAGACUCAGUUAAAAUGCCUUCUUGUGUGUUCUUUGCUAGCUUGGUGCUGGUUGUGCAAAUUCAGCAUGUUGUCUGCGAAUAUUAUUUGAUGAAAAUUUAAAUAAAUAAAAAACGGCUCACCAGUCUGUGUCACAAACUUGUGAGCAGGCAAUAACAAAUACACUGUUUAUUAAAGUGUUUAUUACAACAUUGUGGAUAACAUGUAUUUAAAUUUAUUUUCCACGAAGGGUUGUGUGCAUCUCUCUUCACAUUACAUAUAACAAUGUGAUAUUAUAAAAUAUUGAUGUGACAUUAAAAACUUGCAAACCUU